CAUCCACACACGACGAACCACCUGGACCUUCACCUGUGCUUUGAGUGUUUUUUUUCUUUCUCAUCGAGUGAAUCGUGACUGUCCGACGCGGGGGGCCGUCGUCGUUUCGUCUUUGAAAUCUCGCUUCUUCUCAAUGUGAUGUGGUGAUUGAGUGAACAGUUUUUUUUUUUAACAUCCGCAUACACGCACGCAGUCCUCUCUCGCUAUCUCUACUACACAGAUACGUGUACGUUCGUCUUCCUCUUGUUCUCUCUGUCUGUUUGGUUCAAGAUGCCGAGUUGCAUGUGCCGAGUCGACCCGGCGAGACUCGAGACAGAGUCUGUGGAUCCUACUCGAGCUUUUGUCAAGGAUGUUAAGCGUGUCAUUGUGAAGGUUGGAACAGCCGUGGUCACUCGAUCAGAUGGACGAUUAGCACUAGGCCGUCUUGGAGCUCUCUGUGAACAGCUUAAAGAACUAAAUACUCAAGGAUAUGAAAUUAUUUUGGUGACUUCAGGCGCUGUUGGUCUUGGCCGCCAGAGGCUUCGAUACAGGAGAUUGGUCAACAGCAGUUUGGCUGAUCUUCAAAAUCCACAAGAUGACUUUGACGGAAAGGCCUGUGCCGCUGUUGGGCAGAGCAGUCUGAUGGCUCUUUAUGAUGUUAUGUUCAGCCAGCUUGAUGUGACAUCAUCUCAACUUCUCGUGACUGAUAACGAAUUUAGGGAUAAACAAUUCAGACAGCAACUUUAUGAAAUGGUCGAGUCGUUGUUUUCUCUGAGGGUUAUUCCGAUUUUUAAUGAAAAUGAUGCAGUUAGUUCUCGCAGAGCUCCAUAUGAGGAUUCUUCUGGUAUAUUCUGGGAUAAUGACAGUCUAGCUGGAAUAUUGGCUACAGAACUACAAGCUGACCUUCUUUUCUUGUUGAGUGAUGUAGAGGGCCUCUAUAGUGGCCCUCCUAGUGAUCCCAAUUCAAAGCUAAUUCAUACAUACAUCAAAGAAAAACAUGAAAAAGAAAUUACAUUCGGAGACAAGUCCAGGUUGGGAAGAGGGGGUAUGACUGCUAAAGUUUCUGCAGCUGUUUCUGCAGCUUAUGCUGGUAUCCCUGUUGUUAUUACAAGUGGUAAAGGGACAGACAACAUUAUACAAGUACUUCAAGGGAAACGUAUCGGGACUCUCUUUCAUCAAGAUGCGCAUCUAUGGAAUGUUGUUAAAGAUUAUAGUGCACAAGAGAUGGCAGUAGCAGCACGUGAGUGCUCUAGGCGGCUUCAGAGCUUAGAUUCUCAAGAUAGGACUAAAAUUUUGCUGGACAUAGCUGAUGCCCUCGAGGCAAAUGAAAGCUUGAUUAAGACUGAGAAUGAUGCUGAUGUUGUGGCAGCAGAGGAAGCUGGAUACGAGAAGUCUCUAGUAUCUCGUUUGACCCUAAAGCCUGGAAAGAUUUCUGGCCUUGCAAAAUCUAUUCGCAUGCUUGCAGCGAUGGAAGAACCAAUUGGUCGCGUUAUAACGAGAAUGGAGCUUGCCGAUGGACUUAUCUUAGAGAAAACAUCAUCACCUUUGGGUGUCCUCCUCAUUAUUUUUGAGUCACGUCCUGAUGCCCUUGUUCAGAUAGUUUCUUUAGCAAUCCGGAGUGGAAAUGGUGUACUGCUGAAAGGAGGAAAAGAAGCAAAGAGAUCUAAUGCAAUCUUGCACAAGGUCAUCACUUCAGCAAUUCCAGAGAGUGUUGGUGACAAACUUAUUGGACUAUUUACUUCAAGAGAAGAGAUUCCUGACUUGCUCAAGCUUGAUGAUGUCAUAGAUCUUGUGAUUCCGAGAGGUAGCAAUAAGCUUGUUUCUCAAAUCAAGGAUUCAACAAAAAUUCCUGUGCUGGGUCAUGCUGAUGGAAUUUGUCAUGUUUAUGUUGAUAAAUCAGCUAAUAUAAAUAUGGCAAAGCACAUUGUUAUGGAUGCAAAGAUAGAUUAUCCCGCUGCUUGCAAUGCUAUGGAAACACUUCUGAUACAUGAGAAUUUCGCUCGUAAUGGUGGGCUCAGUGAGCUUGUUGAAGAACUCCAAAGUAGAGGUGUUACCCUACUCACUGGACCAAGAGCAAGUGUUUUGUUAAAUAUUCCUGUGGCAAGUACAUUCCAUCAAGAGUACAAUUCACUUGCUUGUACAAUUGAAAUCGUGGAUGAUGUAAAAGCUGCAAUUGAACAUAUACAUCAACAUGGGAGUGCUCAUACUGACUGCAUUGUCACAGAAGAUAGUAAUGUCGCUGAAAUGUUUCUACAUCAAGUUGACAGUGCUGCAGUAUUCCAUAAUGCAAGUACACGGUUCUGUGAUGGAGCAAGAUUUGGACUUGGUGCAGAGGUAGGGAUUAGCACAAGCAGGAUUCAUGCUCGAGGUCCAGUGGGUGUUGAAGGAUUGUUGACAACAAAAUGGAUUUUGAGAGGAAAUGGUCAGGUGGUAGAUGGUGAUCACGGGGUCAGUUACACACACAAGAAUCUGCCGCUGCAGUGAUGACUGUGCUGUGGAAUUCCAGUUUCUUACCUUCAUAACCAUAACUAUUUGUUAUUGUACAAUUGCGUUAGCUCCUAAUAUUUUUGAGCCCUAGGCUGCCGUUAAUUGUUGCCCCCCAUUUUUUGCUUGAUUGUGAUUCAUGGCAAAAUAUCCUUUCACAUUAUGUUGGAUGAUAUAAAUUUUAUUUUGAAGAAUUCUAGUAAUACAGUUUUAUGUAUACAUGCCGGUCCUUUCGAACA